UUGGAUUCCUGUGGUGGCGGGCAAAGGACAGCUUGCCGUGGUGCUCUGUGGAGUCAUGGCAGUGCCCUUUGUGGAAGACUGGGACUUGGUGCAAACCCUAGGCGAAGGUGCCUACGGAGAAGUUCAACUUGCUGUGAAUAGAAUAACAGAAGAGGCAGUUGCAGUGAAGAUUGUAGAUAUGAAGCGUGCUAUAGAUUGUCCAGAAAACAUUAAGAAAGAGAUCUGUAUCAAUAAAAUGUUAAAUCAUGAAAAUGUAGUGAAAUUCUACGGUCACAGGAGAGAAGGAAAUAUCCAGUAUCUAUUUCUGGAGUACUGUAGUGGGGGAGAGCUUUUUGAUAGAAUAGAACCAGACAUAGGUAUGCCUGAACAAGAUGCUCAGAGAUUUUUUCAUCAACUCAUGGCAGGGGUGGUUUAUCUUCAUGGCAUUGGAAUAACUCACAGGGACAUUAAACCAGAAAAUCUCCUUUUGGACGAAAGGGAUAACCUCAAAAUCUCUGACUUUGGCUUGGCAACAGUGUUUCGGCAUAAUAACCGUGAACGUUUAUUGAACAAGAUGUGUGGUACUUUACCUUAUGUUGCUCCAGAACUUCUGAAGAGAAAAGAAUUUCAUGCAGAACCAGUUGAUGUUUGGUCCUGUGGAAUAGUGCUUACUGCAAUGUUGGCUGGAGAAUUGCCAUGGGACCAGCCCAGUGACAGUUGCCAGGAAUAUUCUGAUUGGAAAGAAAAAAAGACAUACCUCAACCCUUGGAAAAAAAUUGAUUCUGCUCCUCUAGCUCUGCUGCAUAAAAUUCUAGUUGAGAAUCCAUCAGUAAGGAUUACCAUCCCAGACAUCAAAAAAGACAGAUGGUACAACAAGCCACUCAAGAAAGGGGCAAAGAGGCCUCGAGUCACAUCUGGUGGUGUGUCAGAGUCUCCUGGUGGAUUCUCUAAGCAUAUUCAUUCCAAUUUGGACUUCUCUCCCGUAAGCAGUGCUUCUAGUGAAGAAAAUGUGAAGUAUUCCAGUUCUCAACCAGAACCACGUACAGGGCUUUCCUUGUGGGACACCAGUCCCUCAUAYAUUGAUAAAUUGGUACAAGGAAUCAGUUUUUCCCAACCGGCAUGUCCUGAUCAUAUGCUUCUAAAUAGUCAGUUACUUGGCACCCCAGGAUCCUCACAGAACCCUUGGCAACGCUUGGUCAAAAGAAUGACACGAUUCUUUACCAAAUUGGAUGCAGACAAAUCUUAUCAGUGCCUGAAAGAGACUUGUGAGAAACUGGGCUAUCAAUGGAAAAAGAGUUGUAUGAAUCAGGUUACUGUAUCAACAACUGAUAGGAGAAAUAACAAACUGAUCUUCAAAGUGAAUUUGGUAGAAAUGGAUGAGAAGAUAUUGGUUGACUUCCGGCUUUCUAAGGGUGAUGGUUUGGAGUUUAAGAGACACUUUCUGAAGAUUAAAGGGAAGCUGAAUGAUGUUGUGAGCAGCCAGAAGGUUUGGCUUCCUGCCACAUGAUCGAUCCAUUAUCUCUGGGGAUUCCUGGUGAAUAUAGUGCUGCUAUGUUGACAUUAUUCUUCCUAGAGAAGAUUAUCCUAUUCUGCAAACUGCAAACAAUAGUUCCUGAAGAGUUCUCUUCCCCUUUAUCCAAACAUCUUCCCAUUCAUUGUAUGUUUUGCAUACAAAUAAUAACUAUAUCUUAAUUGUCAUAAUUUGGGGGAAGGGAUGGGUAGAAUUCACUAGAUAUUUCUUUAGCAGUGUUUAUUAUCUGAAUUUGAAAUCCAUCUGGUGAAAACCAGGUUUUGGGAUACCUGACUUUAUCAGCUSUUAUACCAACAUAAUAUUCUAUUUUUACUAAAACAUUUUGAUACAUCCAACAUUCYACUGAUUUAAUUAUAAGGAUAAAUUUGUAAAGACUUGCCCUUGUGA